GGGGGAUGGGGUUUCGCGCGGAUACUGCGGCGUUGCUAGGAUGAUAAUAAGAGGUGUCAGUUAUGUGUGCAGGGGGAAAGCAAGCAGCCGACCGACCAGCAUGAUAGGUAUCGUGUGUCGAACCACGCCCAACCCCAAGGCCCACCAGAAACGACGGCGACAACAACGCCGCCGACAGAGACGACGACAAGCACAUCUGACGAGAGACGGACCAAGAGUUCAUCCACAUCCCAUCACAUCCCAUCACAUCCCAUCACAUCCCAUCACAUCCCAAGCAAGCGGAACUGCAACAUGCGCCGAAGACGGACGGACCGACAGAGCCACUGCCAGCCAGCCAGCCAGCCAGACCAAACCAAACCAAACCAAACCAAACCAAACCAAACCAAACCAAACCAAACCAAACCAAACCAAACCAAACCAAACCAAACCAGAGCAUGCCCCUCCCCCCUCCGCACCCCAGCAAGUAGAGUGUCGCGCGGGCGCCCGCUCGCUCGCUCCGGAAAAACUUAUUCGACUUUUGUGAUGUGAUGAUGUGAUGGACGGUAGUGAGAGAGAGGCAGGCAGCGGCGACAAGUAGGAGGAGGACGUGGUGUUGGUGGUGGUGGUGGAGGAAGUGGUGGAGGUGGAGUUGGAGGCAGCUGCGACACCUGCAACACCUGCAACAAUCCCCAAGGGUUCGGUCCAAGGCUGCUGCACUCGGCGGUCGUCUCGAUCUCAGGACUCGACGCGGAUCGAUGGAAAAGCCACCUUA